AUGCCAAAAGCCAAGAACAAAUUUUAUGCUGUUCGGAAGGGGAGACAAGGUCCCCAAAUAUAUGUGAGCUGGGAAGAGACAAAGACGAACGUGGCCAGGUAUCCAGGCGCUGUGCAUAAGUCUUUCACCAGUUUGUCUCAGGCGCAGGAGUGGCUGGCUGAAGCGCUACCAACAAACACCUUAGCUGGAGAACUCUCUAGAGCCACGAUGGAAGCUAUGGACGUCGAUUCAGUCCCAACUCAGACACGGAGGGUGGUGAAAUCCACCAUUACAUCCUCAGGACGCGUGCCCACCCCAGCUCCGGCGUUAGGAAAUCCACCAAAUACUGAGAACACGGUUCAAUUAUCGCCAGAACAAAAAGCAGUGCUGGAGCUGGUGAAGGAAGGGAAGAACGUGUUCUUCACAGGGUCGGCUGGCACCGGAAAGUCAGUGCUUCUGAGAGAGAUCAUACGACACUGUCGUGGUGAUGGUCGACUUCGAGAAGGCUUGGCCGUGACCGCAGCAACCGGGAUUGCGUCUGUUAACAUCGGUGGAUCGACGUUGCACUCUUGGGCUGGCAUUGGGCUAGGUAAAGAGCCAGCGGAGAAGCUCCUCGGAAAGCUCCUUGGACAAGAUAAAUAUCAACGUGAAAAGGAACGACUACGCAAAAAGAAACUGCGAGAGCAAGGUCAUGAAGUGGAUGACCACAACGAUGACUACGAUGACGACGACAAGCAUGUUCCACGUGUGGUGGAACGAUGGCGAAUCGUUAAAACCUUGAUCAUUGAUGAAAUCUCCAUGAUUGACGGUGUUUUGUUUGAUAAGCUUGAAUUUAUUGCUCGCCAUUUACGACGAUCGGAUGAACCAUUUGGCGGAAUUCAGUUGGUGUUAUCCGGAGACUUCUGCCAGCUUCCCCCAGUUCCUGAUAGGAACAACAAUGUGCCACAACCUCCCACAUUUGCGUUUGAUGCUGAAUGUUGGACAGAAUGUGUUGGUCGACCAAUCGUGCUACACCGUGUGUUCAGACAGAAAGACCAGGGAUUUGUGGAUAUGCUCAAUGCGAUGCGCUUCGGCCGCCUCGUUCCAGAGACAGUGUCCAAAUUCAGGAAACUGUCACGUCCCGUGAUGUAUGAGGAUGGCAUUGAGCCAACUGAUCUAUUUCCAACAAGGAGAGAAGUGGAUAACGCCAACCAUCAUCGUCUCAGCAAGCUCAGUGGUGAUCCCCACCAGUACAAAGCCGCUGACAUUCCGGGGAGGGAUGAAAACGAUAAACCCAUUCCACUUCAUGAAAUGGAUAAGUUGCUGGAACGUCUCAUUGCGCCAAAGCUUCUCGCACUGAAGGUUGGUGCGCAAGUUAUGUUGAUCAAGAACCUUGUCCAAGGACAGCUUGUUAAUGGAUCCGUUGGCCGUGUUGUUGCGUUUCAUACCCCACGCGAUGCUAUAAAGCAGGGUGCGGAAAUCGCGCGGACUGAAGUCGUAGAUCCAAAACUAGGUCAGAAAAGGGCGGACAAAAUUCCAGAGGACAUAUUACGCAGCAAUAAUGUCUGGCCUAUCGUGCAGUUCCAGAAUGGGAGUGAAUUACUGUGUAUUCCCAGUCCCUUUGAAGUCAAUAAUGCGGAUGGACGGGUUGAGGCACGUAGAGACCAGGUACCUCUUAUUCUUGCCUGGGCUCUGAGCAUACACAAAUCGCAAGGCCAAACGCUGGAACGAGUCCGAGUUAAUCUCGCUAAAGUCUUUGAGAAGGGCCAAGCAUACGUCGCUCUAUCUCGAGCAACGACCAUGCAGAGCCUGCAGGUGUUAGGUUUCGACGCGGCCAAGGUUGUGGCACAUCCGCGCGUAUUGGAGUGGAUGAGCGAAAACACUGGCCAAGAUUACAGAGCCCCCGAGGAAAUAGAUGAUGAUGAAGAAUAUUGGGAUUAUUUCUGA